AUGGCUGUAUCUCCAAUCGUGACGCCCUCGCCGUCCGCGGCAACUGUUUCCACUACAACAGCAGCUAAAGGGAAAGGCCUUGUUGUUCGCAACUUGGUCCAGGACACAGCUACAUCACCGUCAAGCGCGCCCCAUAGGGAGUGUGAACUUGCGGAGCAAUUAAACGAAGAAGUGAGACGUAAAUAUGUUAAAGACAAGAAACUCGGAGAAGGUACCUACGCAGUCGUCUAUCUCGGUCAUCUUCGAACGGACCCUUCCUCUCUUGUUGCGAUCAAGAAAAUCAAAGUGAACGCCGAAUACAGGGACGGGCUAUCCAUGGACGCAAUCCGGGAAGUAAAAUAUCUCCAGGAGCUGUCUCACCCUAACAUCAUUGCUCUUCAUGAUGUCUUCUCUUCCAAGGACAAGAAUCUGAACCUGGUUCUGGAAUACUUACCACUCGGUGACCUUGAGAUGCUGAUCAAGGAUGGGAAUAUUCAGUACGGUGCAGCAGAUGUCAAGGCCUGGAUGGGUAUGCUGGCAAGGGCCGUCUGGUUUUGCCACGAAAAUUUUAUAUUACAUCGAGAUAUUAAGCCAAACAACUUAUUGAUCGCGUCGGAUGGAGAAGUCAAGCUGGCAGACUUUGGAUUAGCGAGGUCAUUUGCUGAUCCCUAUCUCAACAUGACACACCAGGUCAUUACACGCUGGUACCGACCCCCCGAACUCCUCUAUGGUGCUCGGCAAUACUCUGGUGCUGUGGAUGUAUGGUCAAUGGGUAUGGUUUUUGCCGAGCUUUUAUUACGUGUGCCUUUCGUCGCUGGCAAUACAGACAUGGAUCAGAUUGCGAAGAUCUGCGAAGCGUUUGGUACGCCAACGGAAGAGAACUGGCCGGGAGUCACCAAAUUACCCAACUAUGUGCCUGUGGAUAAAGCCCACAUCGUACCAUUGCAGGGGCGAGAUUUUUUCUUGCGACAGUUUCCGACCGCCGGGCCACUUGGGGCAGAUCUGUUGAUGUCGAUGGUAGCACUGGAUCCACGAAAGCGAAGUACCGCACGUGAGAUCUUGGAGCACAGUUGGUGGAGAAGUGAUCCCAAGCCGACCAAAAAAGAAGAACUUCCACGAAAGUCUGGUGGUGCAAAGAAAAUGGGUGAUGACCUAUCCCGAAGGGGCGGAGAGACUGACGAUGGCCGCUUUAAAAACGUUGCCCGACAGCUGAAUUUUGAUGCUAUGAAAUGA